ACUUCCGGGCGCAGACUCAAAAUUACUAAUUACCUGACAAAAAUGGCAGGCGCUCUAAUUGUUCUGGCACUUUCUCUGGUAGUGGCGGUGGUCGCUAAGUAAUGUAUGUACCACACAUAAGCUGAGAUGCGGCUGCGGGACUGUGCGCGCGCCCAUUGUACUUGUAAUAUUGAUAACAUAACAUUUAAACCAGCUAGCAUCAGGUUUUUUAUUCCAAAAUUGUACAGUAAUAACGUUGUUGCUGAAGUGCAGGCCAAGCUGAUGUGUCUGUUGCCGGCUACCAGUAUGUGGCGACCAGUCUGUGGUGUGGACGGGACCACCUACAGCACCGACCGCCAGGUCGGAUGCCAAGGUCAGUUCACUUAACGGGAUUGGUCUGGUACAAUGUACAAGGUACAAUCUAUCGGACUCUCAUAAACCCGGCAUAUUUUCCACUUUCGAGCUAUCCCAAAGCAUUUUUGGCGUUGCGAUACGACAAUUACGUUGCACGAUUGGUUUGCAUAUACGAGUAUAUUGCUGUGAAUACAGUAUAAACAGAUAAUACUUACCACAUCCGGUUAUUAAAGUACGCAUAUCUGCUGAACCUUCUACGCCAUGAUUAAGAGUAAGCGUAGCACACGAGGUCACUGCAGUAACGUACAGCCCAGGAGCGCUUUCUAUACCCUACAGUACUCUCCUGGGUCGCGUGCCCACAGCUGUGGUCAACAGUGGCGAACAGAAGUCGGCUAGCGUUCCGGUGGAGCUGAAUCUGGCCAAUCUGGAGUAGGAGCUGGCGCGGCAGAAUCUGAGCGAUGAAGACGACUACGACGAUGAGAAAUACUUCGGUAAGUCGCUUAUAAGUUGUACUUACGAGAAACAUACGAGUACAUGUCGGCGGCUGCAUCUACUGCCGCCUUGAUACGGGUAUUAAUUCGCCGAUAAUACCGGGAAGAUCGAGCUCAAGGCGUGCCGGUAGCCCACACUGGAGCCCCGGGGCGGUUAUGUGCACCAUGGACUAUGGUGUAUGCACCCGUAUGCGGUAGCGCUGGAAACACUUACGGCAAUCGAUGCACUGCUGUGCUACGGAAGCAGCAAUUGUUCAUGAUGGUGGAUGCCGGAAAGCUGUUAUUUGCACCAUGGAAUAUACGCCCGUGUGCGCCCGCAAUGGGGAGACCUACAAUAACCACUCGCCGGUUCGGAGACCCUUCAAAAAGGUCACCGGAUGUUAUGCUUAGUGAUCGAGUUAAUGUGGUUCUUGGCGUAGCAGCGGCACACCACGGUCCGUUCUGAGCAGCAGUGAUCUGCACUAUGGAAUGGGCAUCCGUGCGUAGCAGCGAUGGGAACACCUAUGGCAAUCGAUGCGCUGCCAAUUUCCGGUAUGCCAUUUGCAGGAACUAGUCAUAUCUAAUUAAAUGAUAAUUAUGCCGAGUAUGAUCAGCAGUGUGCGAAUACGUAACAGAUUAUGUCAAGUAACUGUUCGGCUGCAGGUGUUGAAGUCGUUCACUCCGUAGAUUGCUGAAGUAAUACCGCGCGGAAUGCAAUUAACAUAUAAAUCAUCUUUAUUUCCUUACCUAGAGUGUCGAGAUCAUCUUCUCCAUCUAUUUUAACUGCACUGCUCCAUUCAGUGCCAACAAAAUUUAUAAAAUACCAGCAGUUUUUUGGUUGCGGGAUUUUUGUUGGCACACUCAAAAUAUUAAUUAAAAUAUAAUAUUGAAUUUGUCGGUUAAUCUUCAGCAUAUCUGGGGGUGCAGCGCCGUGCCGUUGGUCUUUACCGACGUCAUCGAUACUGUCUCCUCCUCGCCGGCCUUCCGCUAGCCGGAGCUCUCAAUGACACACUGCUUUUCGCUUUCCUGCUCCUUCAUUUCCUUCUCUUUAUUGGACGCGAUCCUGACUAGAUCGUGGUUUUAUUCCAUGUAGAGACGAAAUUCGAUUGCUUAACAGUUUUUUCAUAUUUUCGAUCGCGGGUUUAUCCAUUAUAGAGACAAAACUCAGUUUGCUGAGCAGUUUUUCAGUUUUAUGUGCUGCGUUUUAAGAUGUUUUUCUGGACCGCUGAUUACCCAGGGCUCGUGGCUUUGUGUUCUUUAUGGAAGUCCUGUGUACCGUAAUCAAGAAGUAAAUGCAGUAAAAGUACCUGAAAGUUACGCUUGUAGAAUUGUUUUAGAAGCAUAGUGUGGGAUCCGAUCAUCGCUUGCAUGAUCAUAAACCUCAUUAAAGAAGUAUUUGAUUUGCAUUUAAUAAUUAUAUUACUUCGAAAGGAGCGUUCUGUUGUCGCGUUAUCAUCUAUAUAUAGCUUGAAAGAAACUUUCCUAGCCAUCAGGUUUGACCUAUUAACCGACGAGCCGGUGCAGCAGUUGCCCUCUUCUCCUUAUACUUCUUGAAAUAAUCGUAGUAUUGAUCCGGGGAGCUUUAUCAGCCAGAGAGUUAUUACGCUACUGCGAAUUCUCUCUGACUGUUUUCCAGUUGCGUAUAACAAUACUUCAGUGCCAUCAUUGUUUAGAGCAUCGUUAGCUAGCUGUCAAACGCGGAUGCUCGCACCAUGGAAACGGCGGGCUUUUCGUUGACAUACAGAUGAAGAUUAUUUUUACCGAUCAGAUGAUUACUGUUGCAUUACUUUAUUUUUAAAAAAUUUUGAAAUGGCGUCGACCAAGACCAGAUGUCGUAAGCGGUACAUUACAGUUAGCGAAAUGCCUCGCAUCGGGCAAAUAAUCCAUGAGUGUUUGGAACACCAGGUUGAGAAACCUGGUUAUGUUGUGCUUAAUAUACCCCCAAACUGCCGAACACGUGUCCCGCAAAUCUCCGCAGUUCGAGAAUUAAAUGCAAAAAGAUCUAUCUUACAUGAGCGAGUUUCCGGCUGCUACUACUCACAGGUGCAAGAAGAAGGAGUUAUAACAUACCAGGAUUAUCGCGACGCAAGCCGGGGGGAAAGCUCUCUUAACUUAAGUUUUGAGGAGCUCGCUGACAGUGGAAAAUGGUAUGCUGCGGACAUCCACAUCCCUGAAUUGGACGGUCUACAAACAAUGGAGUUCUUCGACUUUAACUCGUUCAAGGACAUUCUCCGUGAAUCUGGAGUGGACAUUCCCGGGUUUAACACCUCCACCGGUUUCCUCGGUGCCCCCGAGACCUUUUUUGGGUAUCAUGUAGAGGUGGCCAAUUGUGCCUUCUUGAAUAUGCAUCAUGUCGGCAAGGCUAAGCGUUGGCGUAUUACCCCCCCUCGCUGCAAGUGGGCUUUCGAUAAUUACCUGUAUAAAACCUUCCCCGAAGAGUUCCAGGUUUGUGGUGGUGCCGUGAGCCACCUGAACUUUAUCGUUGAACCAGAUAAUCUCCGUGAUGAGGACAUUCUUGUCGAUGAAAUUGAUCAGGAGCCGGGAGACUUGAUAAUAAGCGCUUACGGAGCUUACCAUAGUGGGAUUAAUUCAGGAUAUUGUGUUAAUACCGCAACGGCGAUCACCACACCGGCUUGGAUACCGGCAUUUGCCGAGUCGGUUAUUUGUAAGUGUGAUCCAGAAACUGAUGUCACACCCGAACUCGAAAAAAUCCGGAAGUAUCUCAAGAAGCGGUCGAAUUUCGAUGUCGAUGUUAAUUACGCCUACUUGCGCCGAAAAGGUGAAUGGAAACUAGAACAGUUCCUGCCGGUCUCUCAGCGCCGUCAGGACGCAUCAUUAAUGCAAGGUCAAAUUCACGAGCCCCCGAUUUCGACUGAUGUCGUGGAUCAGUGGAUCCAUGAAAAUAUCGUUUAUGAUCCAUCUGAUGAAAAAUCGAUUCGACCGUUCCAAGCAGCGCGCAAGUUCCGCGAGCACUUGCAGACCAUCCGUAUGCCUACCAGUCUGGAUGACGUUGCUCUGGCCACGCGCCUAGGUAAACGAAUGCCGCUCGUUCACGAAGGGUUUAAGGCUGGCUCGCGGUACCAAUCAUCCGAAAAAGGAAAGAAGCGGAAGUCAUUCUGGACGUGGCCUCAUUGCUAUUUUAACGAUGCAGAGUGAAAGAUCGCGGUAUUUUUGUCAUUGAUGUGUUUCGUAUUUCUUUUUGCUGCUAAGGCGGUCACUUUUUUCGAUUUUCUUUGGUAUUUUGUGCCUUUUUUAACCCCUUUUUUUCCACUUUAACUUUACAGACAACUUACCUAUUAUUACGCCCUUUAUAUUAUCCGUGCUUGCUCGAUUUUGAUUUUUGCUGUUUGUUUAUGCUACGUGGAUUCUUGUUUCAAUCAAAUCAGAUAUGUAGAGUGGAGUGUGGUACUUCGUCAUUUACGAUAAAAUGU